AUAACAGUAUGUCUACUGCGACCAAUAUUCCUAACUAUUUCAAGUCAAAAACAGUCCAAGAGAAAGUGGACAAUUAUCGAAAGAUUAUAAGACUUAAUAAUAAUGACCGGAGCUAUAACCUCCCUCCUUCAUAUAACCGAGAUUCGGACUACUUAAGAAAGGAAAAAGCGUCUAAUGCUUUCAGAUUGAAGCAAUAAAAAUAGAACAACUCAGAAAGGACAUGAAUAAUGGGCGUCAGCUCCAAAGCUCUCCAAAUCUAGAGGUGCCUUAUAAUACAGAGAAAGACAUGAAACCUAAUAGUAUUUCAAGAGAUCUUGCCAUGAAACGAAAAGUAUAUAGCAAUCCUCUUUCGCGCCAUAUGAGAUCGAAAUCUGAUGUGAACAUGAGGGUUAAGAGACCACAGCAGGCUGAGCUGCGCAGGAGCCAAAUUCCUCAGGUAAAGAAGGCUUAUAACUUCUCCCCCUCUGCUAAAAAGAGCAUGACUCCCAGUGCCAAGGUUUUGCACAACAAUCAAUCUGGAGGAUUUAGUUAUGAUAAUUUUUAUGACUCUCUUAAAGAGCUCAAUGAGGAGAAUAAUGGCCGAUCUAAUCUGAUCAACCUAAGAAGCAGUACAAUUACACAAAACUCAUCUCCAAAAAUAAGUCAGAAAUCGCCCAAGCAUGUGAAGCCUCCGCUGAACCCAGCUAUUAAGAAAAAUAUUACCCCUGUUCUGACUCUGAAGGAGAAUAAAGUGAUCCCAAGCUAUUUCAAACCGAAAGAUUUUGAUAAAGACCUUACUCCUGGGUUUAACCCGGUAACAAAAUCAAAGAGCACUGUUGGAGUCAGCCCAAAUAAGCCUGCUAGGAACUUGAGCCAAUCAGUCUUAAUGGGCCUUAUGACUAAGAGUUUUAGUAAACCAAAAGAAAGGAAUGAUACUAUCAAAAAGAGCGAUGUCCGUAUGAGCGCUGAUAAUCUAAUCAAAUUCAACCUCAACCCUUUCAGAGCUAAUGAGAAUAAAAUAGAGGAGGAAAAGGUUGCUCCGACUCAGAAGAGAAAGGAAAAGUUCAGGAAUGGUCCUACUAUUAGCUUUAAGGACUCCUCAAUAAAAAAUCCUGAAACCAUAAAAGAAAAUGAGGCACCUAAAGUUCCAAUAAAAAGUCCAGACCGGACUUUUAAAUUAGCUCAGAAGAUUUUCUCAAGGAAGGUGAUCCGUAAGGACAAGCUCAAAAAGCACCUAGACACUAAAAAGCUCGCUGAUUUCAAGGAAUGAAUCACGACUUUUAAAACCAGAUGCUCCAAAACACCGAUGGCCCCUAUCAAAAAGAAGGGAUUUCGUCACAAGAAAUACACUGAAGCUUACUUACAAAACUGCUUAACUCACCUUAAGGUGAUUAAGGCUCUGUGUGUAGCUCUGGAAACAGAUAAACAUAAGACUUUUGGUCCAUUAUAGUAUUCAAUAACCUCA